CAUCGGCUGCCGGACUGGGUUUCGGGGGGUCCCGGGGGUCCCCGCCCCCCAGUCUCUCUCUCUCCCCCCCCCCGGCCUGGGCACCGGGAUCCCCCGGCCGGACAGACGGACGCCAUGGGGGCGCAGUGCCGGGUCCGGGGGACGAAAUGCCAGUUGCUGGCCACCUGCUUCUUCGUCCUGCUCCUGGGCCUCUCUGUGGCCAUCCUCACCGUCAUCACUCGCUCGGGCGCUCACUUCACCGUCCUCAGCCGGGCCUCCGGGGACGGCAGCCCUUACAGAGUCCUGCACUCGGCCGCCUUCUACCUGGGGACCUGCCUGGCCGGAUUGCUGGGCCUGGGAGCUGUGCUGAGCGCCGCCGGGACCGUGAGGGAAGCCGCGGGUCUCGUGGCCGGGGGUUUCCUGUGCUUCGCGCUGGUGUUCUGCACUCUGAUCCAGGUGGCCUUCUGGAGACACACCAACCGCAGCCAGGUGGAGGACGCUGUGCUGGACGCCUACGACCUGGUGUAUGAGAUGGCGAUGAGGAACAGUUCGGGCGGGCUGCGGCAGCUGGAGGCCAUUCACGACACGUAUCUGUGCUGCGGGAAGAAUUCGCCCUUCGGUGGCCCCGGGAGCCUGGAGAGGGACUUGUGCCCGGGGGCAGGAGCCCCGGCAGGAGGAGGACCACCGAGCCCGCCGGGAGGACCCCCAGGAGGAGGAGGAGCCACGGGGAAGGACUGCCUCCGGGAGAUCAGACGCUUCCUAGCGAGACACGUGAGCUUCGCCUCGGCCCUGCUCGCCAUCGCCCUCGGAUUCAUGGUUUACGAGCUGCUCCUCACCUCCUUCCUCUGCUUCGCCAUCCGCUCCCACAGCAGACUGGACCGCAGGGGCAGAUACGUCCUGGCCAAGGGGUAAAAGUGCCCAACGCCCCGUGGACCCCCAUGGCAUCCACCCCCACCUCCCCGCCGGGCACCUCGAGGCCGGCGGGGUUCGGCCGGAGCGUUCGUGGCCCGCAGCUCCGCUCGGGCGCUUAGAACAGUGCACGGACUAAGCGCUUAAUAAAUACCAUUAUUAUUCUCUCCUAA